AUGGUGAGGGCAGUGGUCUGCGAUGACUGGGUCAGAGUCUUUCAGCCUUCAUUUAUCCAUAUGUCAGGGCCCAGAGUAAAUUCAUUUUUUCUCGGAAAUUCUUCAGGAGUCGAUUUUUCUAUAGUUUUAAGUUCCAUAGAUGAAGAGACAGGAAAAUUGCAACUUGCAACUUGCAGUGGAAGUAGAAGAGCUGGUGAUUGGAAUUUGAAUGUAAUGCCGGGUAUGAAUACUUCCAAAGUGACUAUAAGCUUGACUAGAAAUCUGCAGUUGUGUUUGCCCAAUGCCACUGACUGCUGCACAACACCUCUCUGCGUGGUUGAAACACUUCAGGUUUUAGCUUGCCGUGAUUCAGUGAUGUUGGCAUAUCUCCUGAUUCAAGCUGAAAUAUAUGCCAACUCUUCCUUUACAGGAAAUGUGUCAGAAAAUGCAACUGUCAUCCCAAACCAGGUGUUUCAGCCAUUGGGCUCUUGUCCUUGUGACUUGACAGCUGGAGCUUGUGAUGUUCGUUGUUGCUGUGAUCUGGAGUGUACACCAGACUUGAAGCAGUUAUUCAAUGAAUCAUGUUUCACUGGAGUGUUUGGUGGGGAUGUAAACCCACCUUUUGAUCAGCUGUGCACUUCUGAGUCAAUGGAAUAUUAUACCCCUGAUUGGUUUCCCUUUCUUUGUGUACAGUCUUCUCUUAACAAUACACCAUUUCUUGGCUACUUUUAUCAUGGUUCUAUUUCUACCCCCAGCGUUCCUCCAUUUAAGAUCCCUUUACAAGCUUCUGCUGGGAAACUUUUCACUGGUUACAGACAAGGAGAUCCAAUUAUGACAGAAGAAAAUGAGUAUUUUACUAUUCCCCAGCAAUCCAUGGCUGGACAGUGUGUUGGAAAUGCUCCUGUAGCGUAUCUCCAGAACUUUGAUGUCAAAUGCCUUACCAAUCUAGCAUCUUACGAGGAAGGACUGCCCCAUGAUGUGAGGAUACACAGUGGCACUGGAGACUUCAUCCAACAAAAUGUCAUCUAUAGGACCAUCAUUGACACGGGCAAAUUCAUCACUGAAAGUGAAAGCCUUCAUCCUGCUGAGGUUCUGUGUCAAAAUGUAACUUUUGCAGAGAAUUAUACAUUCAUUUGGAAAGACAAGAACAUAGAGCAAAUAAAUGUCACGGUCUUUCUCGGAAGUUUAUGUGAUGGAGAAAUACUGUCACAGAGAUUCACAGUCAAAUUUCUAAGUUUAGAGAGUACUAGUGCAGCAGAACUGUUUGGGAAUCCAGGUUAUCAAGUUGGAAAACCAGUGAGAGCUGCAAAUAUGAAUGCUUCUGAUACUUUUGGAAGCCUGAACAUUUGGCAGACAGCUGGCAGAGGUUUAUGUACGUCAGCAACUUAUACACCAGUUUUAUUUGGAGUCGAUUCACUCUCUGGGUGCAUUCUGGAAGUUGAUGUUAAUGAAGAUUGCAGCUUUUUAAGAGGAAAUGUAACUGAGAAAUUAAAUUCAUUAACACAAGCUACUCACGUUGGAAAGAGGCGCAAUUCAAAUUACAGUGAUGCAAAUGCCUGGGUGGAAAUUAUACGUCUUGAUCCAUUUAAUUCUGAUACCAAUGUGAGCACUGGAAACUUAAAAGGCAUUUGUCCAGAUAUUCCUGCAAAUCUGAAUAUUCGCAUAAUCUUUGCUGAUGUGGGUGCAGUACGAGGGAUUCCCCAGCAAGAGAUUCUCGCUGUGCAGAUCAGUUACUCAACAGUCAUAUGGCAAUUCCAGUGUGGGCUUAUCUGUGAAAACAGUAUCAGCUUUCUUCCCAUCACAGCUUCUGUGCAGUUUAUUAAAGUGCCAGCUCAACCCCCCGUUCCAAUGACAAGAUUUGAGAUAAAUGAUAUAGAAUUUGACUGCAAUCGAAAUGAUGUGUGCUGGCCACAACUUUUUUAUCCAUUGACACGGUUUUACACAGGAGAACCAUAUUCCCAGUGCCUCGCUAAAGGCCUCUCCUUGGCAUUUCUUGUUUUACUUGCAGCAAUUAUAAGUAACCCUUGGUUUUCUAAAUUAUGGAAUCGUUCCUGGAUUUUAAAAUGUUGA